UCAGUCAGAGAGGCAGAAUGCUGUGCGGAAUAGCGGUGAUGGUGGCUGGUAUGGCGGCAGCGGCCUGCGGCCACGGCAUGCUGUGGGAGCCCCCCAACAGGGGGUCGCUCUGGAGGUUCGGCUACGAGACGCCCGUCAACUACGACGACAACGCGCAGUUCUGCGGCGGCUUCCAGGCGCAGUGGCAGAAGAAUGGCGGCCGGUGCGGGGAGUGCGGCGACGACUACUCGCUGGAGAGGCCGCGCCCGCAGGAGAACGGCGGCGAGUUCGGCCUGUCCGUCAUCGCAGCCACGUACGAACGCGCUAGCGUCAUAAACGCUACAGCGCUAAUAACGGCGAACCAUAUGGGCUACUUCGUCUUCCGCCUUUGUCCGCUCGAAGAGGAAGGCCAGCUGGAAACGGAGGAAUGCUUCUCCAAGUGGCCGCUGUCUCUCACAGAUGGCAGCACCGAGUACGUGCUGCCUUCCAACGACACUGGCUACUACUCCGUGGAGCUGCAGCUGCCAGAGGACCUCGAGUGCAAACAGUGCGUCCUCCAGUGGACCUAUGUCGCAGGCAACAACUGGGGCGUGUGUGACGACGGAACGCAAGGCCUGGGCUGCGGGCCGCAGGAGACGUUCCGCACGUGCACCGACAUCUCCAUAGCGUGAGUCCCUGCAUCCGCCUCGAGGAUCGCGGACGUGGGCUGCACGC